UGCAUUUCCCCUCGACCAAUCAGCGAGCGAGUUUCUCGCAUGUGUGUAUUGUUUAAACUGGCCAAAGCAAACGUGUGGCGUGAGCACACAAACUUCCACACGGAGACAUGGCGGCCGCGAUAACCGUUAGCUCAGCUGCCAGAGACGAGAAAUCGUUCACUGGUGCCAAUUGUGCCCCGAAUCCACUCUAUAAAUGUUACGAUCAAGCAGCCGAACUCGAAAACUUGGGGUUUGAUAGGGGCGAACAGGUUGAAGCGGACACCGGCGAUGAAGGCUCACCGACGGCCAGUGACUGUUCGCGACGGCUCGAUGAUGAACUGACGGCCCUUAGUCCAGAAGAGAUUGCUAGUCGUUUGGAAAGAACAAGAAGGGAGUUUUAUAAUCGGCGAAAAAUAAUUAUCAAGAACCUCCCAGCCGAUAUCAGCAAUCAGGAGGUGCACGAGCUGUUAAGUAGCUAUGAUUUGAAGUACUGCUUUGUGGACAAAUACAAAGGGACAGCCUUUGUGACUCUACUGAACGGUGAACAGGCCCAGUUUGCGAUAAAGGAGUUUCAUCAGUAUGUUCUCCGUGAUCGUGAGAUCUCUGUGCAGCUGCAGCCGACAGACGCUCUGCUGUGCAUCGCCAACCUUCCCAGGGCUUUUACCCAGCAGCAGUUUGAGGAGCUCGUCCGCCCCUUCGGAAACAUUGAGCGCUGCUUCCUGGUGCACAGCUCCACCACAGGCCACUCGAAGGGCUAUGGCUUCGUGGAGUACAUGAAGAAGGACUCUGCAGCCAGGGCGAAGUCCGAGCUGCUGGGGAAGCAGCUUGGGUCACGAAUGCUGUACGUACACUGGACAGAGGUUGGCUCGCUUACAUUUCCCAUGCUACACUCGCUCUGCCUCUGUGUGGACCGACUACCUCAAAACAUCCUCAGCGCUCAGGAUCUCUGCAGUGUGCUGAUUGACACGCACACUCCCACAUUCUGCCAGCUUGCUCAGGGUCAGGAUUGUAAUUUUCGACGGUUUGCAGUGCUGGAGUUCUCCACACCUGAGAUGGCUGAGGAUGUGCAGCGGCUGAUGGAUGGCAGAGCUUUGGGUGGCUCUCGUAUACGUGUGUCCUUCUGUGCCCCAGGACCACCAGGAAGAAGCAUGCUGGCUGCUCUCAUUGCCGCCCAGACCACGGCCUUGAACAGAGGGAAAGGUCUCCUUCCUGAACCCAAUGCCAUGCAGAUCCUAACUGGCCUCAGUAACCCUGCCACACUGAAGAUGCUGCUGGCGUCUCUCAACCCGGGGCAUAAACAAGGCCUGCUGGGAGCUGUUCCCGCUGUACCUCUGAUGGCUAACCCUGCCUUCUCUGCUGCCCUCAUGCAGCUGCUGCUCCAGAACCAAGUCCAACAGGCUGGACUGUUGAGUGACAAUCCUCUGGCUGCUCUUCCUCUCCAGCAAGGCAUUAACAUGAUGGGAGAGAUGUCUCAAGGCGCUGUGUCUUCAACACUGGGCUUGCAGAGUGAAACUCUUGGCCCCAUCAAACAACCAUCCCUCAGCCGACCUCUUGGGAGAGAGAACGAGACCCCAGCUACACCGAUCAGCUUUUCCCCAGCAGCCUCUCCGGCACUGCAGGGACUGAAUUUGCCCCUCCUGAGUGGGAUGUUAGGAGCAGAUGGGCCGACUCUACCAGGGGUAUCUAUAUUGGGUGAGCCUCCCAAAGAAGUUGGUGUAUCCCAGAAUCCUUUUCUCAGUGCCUCUAGCAUAUUCCCAUCUUCAGGUGCCAGCACAAGGGCUCACCCCUACAGGAAGAGAACAGCACUUGGCAACACGUCUAACCAUCGUGCCAACCACAGCAUCCACUCAAACUACAGCCUGCACUUCCAGGAGUCUUGCACAUCAGAGUUUCCUCUGCACCAGGACCCUUUGUCUCAUUUGUAUGAGCAGCAGGAGGUUCUGGAAAAUGCAGCACUUCCCAGCUAUGGUCUGCAGCACUCCAGGCACACAGACUUUAGUGAUGCAGGAUCUCCUUUCUGCUAUCCUCCCAGCCCCCCUCAGUCCUCUUAUUUCAGCUUUGGAGCCCAUACCAGCAUCCCAUCCGCCCAGCUCAAUAAGGCUGUUGGAAUGCCUCCAGUGACUCAUUCCAGCUUAUUUUCUGCUGCACCUGGUGCUGGUAUGAAGGCUCCGGUCGGUGGGCAGAAGCGUCUGUUUUCCCGUCUCAUCCCGUCUCCAGAGCCAAGUCCAGAGGGUGGAUAUGUAGGUCAGCACUCUCAGGGUCUCGGGGGGCACUACGCCGACUCCUACCUGAAACGAAAGCGCAUCUUAUGACUGGCAUUCAAUGGCUUCCUUUAAAGAAUUGCUACUUUAAUAGUGUGUUUUUGUGUUUGAGGGUGAAAGAGCAAUGAACGGUCACUGAGGUCACACCAGUGAAAUGACCCUGAAGCUCAGAUGAUCGGUCGCAUGGAUGAUUGCUGAAAUUUGUGUAUAUAAUUUCAAUGUGUAUUUAAAUGGUUUUAUUUUGCCUUUUUUUUUUUUAAACCCAAAGAAGCAACGGACACCACAAUGAAAGAAAAUGGUUUCCUGUCAUGUUCAUCUGAGUAGGUCUAUUUUGUAGACUGUUUACAAUAUUACCUUUUUUUUUUUUUUUUUUAAGCAGGACGAUAGCCUUUUUCUGCUAUGCUUCAUUAGUCGUGUGUAUAUAGUUAAGUUGUCCAGAAAGGCGCCUCCACUACAAACACUUUCUCUCACAUACAAGUGCCAAGCCUUACAUGCUUGAAAAUCCUGUAUCUGUCCAAUGGAUACAGUAGCUGUCUUUUCUUCAGUGAAUCACCUGCCUGUCUUUAUGGGGAGCUCUGAUGCUGGGUUAGUGUUAGAUUUAGCUCAAAAUAGUGUUUUUUUUUUUUUUUUUUUUUCUUCUUCCAUCACCACCAUGUAUUUGUGUUGCACAACUUCCCAUCUUUGCAUCCCGUUUUACGGAGUCAGGGUUUUGUGAGCUGAUUGUUCAGCGUUGCACUUGGAGGAUAUGGAUCAUGUAUAUUCAUCCUCCUGAAUCUGUCCUUUCUGCACCAGUCUCGUUCACACUCGUUCUUGUUUUCUGUCUGCUUUCACAUCUCUCUUUGACCUCGUUCAACCUGCACAGUUUUGCUGUUGCAAAGCGUUAGCGUCUUGGUCGUCACGUUGUGAAGCCCCAGUUGGUCGGAGAUGGAGUCUGGGCUGCCGUUCUCCCCUCAUCAGGCUCGGAGUACUGCUCAAAGCACAGUAUGCCUGCUGUCGCUUCUAUUUUUCCACAUACACGCACACACUAACUCCUCGAGUCUUCCGUAUGGUGCCUUUCCUCUGCAGACCAGCAGAGGGAACCAGUUCGAAUUUUAGUUGACACUGCUCCAUUUUUAUUUUUUUUUAUUUUCUUUUAAAAACUAGAGCCAACAGUCUGAAGCAGGCCGGACCUGUGCCUUAGCAUGACAUUUAUUUUUACCGUAGUAACUGUGACAACCUUUUCCCCUCUAGUUUGAACUGCUGUUCCCCCAGAGGGGAAGACUCUUCUACAGACUGGAAUGUGAUUGACGUAUGAUUUGAGUACUUGGUCUGUGUGUGUGACUUAUUAAUCUGAUUGACAUUGAUUUGUGAUAACGCAUUACCUCUGACUUAAACUGGCUUCCGAUUAAACCUAGAGUUACUCGUGUGCCUAAAAACGGCAGUGUUUACUGUUAUCUCUCCAGACUGUGAGCCUCAACUUCAUUUAAGUUUGUUUAUUUGCGGUGUACAUGAGUUUGAUUCUAUUUCUAUUAUAUUUCUUCUCUGGAGUCUCAAACUCAUGUUCUUAUAUUUCUUCUAGUCUGUAAUGAUAUCAAAUAUGCUGCUCUGUAUUUUGUAUCCAUCUGAGUGAAAUUGCACUGUGCAGUAUCUUGUAAAUGAUUUUUCAUGUGCGAUUAUGCGCGGGUAGAGCUGCUGCUGCUGCUGGGUGAAAUGAACUAAACCUUUCAGAUGUGGUAAACGACCUCUUCAUCGCCAAUCACUGCUUUUGUACAGCUCUUCUGCUCUGUUUUUGUGACAUUUAAACAAGUAAAUGUUAUUUAAGUUCACCUUCA